UUGUUUGUACUCAAUAUUUCUACCGUGUGGUUUCUUCGAAUAUUGAUUUCAUAAAUGGAUCGACCAUUUUUGACUAUUAAAGAAGCAGCCGAUUUGGCAAAAGAUUUAUUUGGUGUGCACGUUGAUUUAACGUCAAAUGAAAACGUAAAAGAGUUUGAAUGCUACGAUGAUCGUAAUUUUUAUAUCAAUGGCUCUAAAGAUGGCAAAUCUGAAGAGUAUUUGCUUAAAAUAUAUGGUAGUUGCUUUAGCGAAGAUUUAGUGCAUGCUAUUAUUAAAGUCAUGCUUUUUGUGCAUGAUGCUGGAAUUGUUUGUCCUGUUCCUUUGAAAUCAAUGAACGGUGAUUAUGUUGUGCCGAAAAUCUUACCACAAACUCCUAAACCUAACGAAGCCAAGAAAGCGAAACUCGAAAUAAAAAACGUGAUUUCGUGUUUCGUUUGCUUUUUCACCUUCUUGCCUGGCAAAACGUUGAAGGAUUUUAAAGUUGAAGGAAAUUCAGUUCAAGACCAAUUAUUUUACGAAGUAGGCGAGUUAACGGGUAAUUUAUGCAAUGCGCUGAAGGAUAUGAAAUGCACAGUUUUAGAAAAGAGAAAGUUCCAUUGGGAUUUAUACUAUUUUGAUAGUUUGCUGGUUGGCACAAAUCUGUUGUCAGCCAGUGAAAAGGCAUUGGUUAAUACAGUGAAAUCAACAUUUAAAACACAGAUCAAACCAAAACUUGCAGUCCUUCCUAAGCAAUGUAUCCAUGGUGAUAUCAAUGAUGGCAACAUUCUUGUGGAAAAGUUACCACAUAAGUUUACUUUGAGUGGAAUCAUUGAUUUUGGUGAUGUUAACUACACUUGUCGUGUUUUUGAGAUUGCAAUUGCAGCUGGAUACAUGACAACUGUAUCUGAGAAUGAUCCAAUCAAAGCUGCAGCAUAUACUGUUGCUGGUUUCAACAGUAAAUGUCCAUUAACCCAAGAUGAAAGUGAUCUUAUUCUUUAUUGCAUUCAAGCAAGACUUUGUCAAAGUCGCUGUUUUGGAGCUCAUACGAUCAAGCUUUUUCCAGAAAAUGCUAAUUAUUUACUUCAUCAUUCACUUAAUGCUCUUGAAAUUCUCAAAUCAAUUAUGAAUGUUACAAAGGAAGAAUUUGAUAAAAUGUGGAGAAACAUUUGUAAGGAAUAAGAACUAGUAAUGCUUACUAUGGGUUAGUUUUUGUUGUAAAUCUACGUAAGAAAAUAAUUGUUCAUUAGAUCAUCCUUAAUGUACUUUAGUGAACAUUAUUCAUCUUUAAUAUACUUUAGUGAACAUUGAUCGUCUUUAAUGGUAAUUUGUAAUUGAUAGAAACUGUGCAUAAUUUCUAUUUUUUAAUAAAUGUGAUUGUAUAAGAUA